AGGAUAAAUGGAACAACAAGUCAUAUUUACCAAAGGGUUUUUUUGUCUCACCUGUUAAGGUACUGGAGAACUUAUAUACUGUAUGUCUCAAUAUAGAAGCAGUGUACUCUUAGUCACGCGAAAUGUAUAUUCUGAUUCUAAAAUGAUGUUAUUGCCUUUUUUGUUUUACUUAAAUAACUUAUGCUUUCAAAAACAGUGUAACCAACAACACGAUUACCCCUAAAAUCACCACUUUAGAUUUAUUUUGCAUUUAACACGUGGAUUUUUUUUUUAAAUUUUUACAAUAACAUGCAAUUGAGAGCUCAGACAACAUGCAGGAGAAACAAAGUUCUAAAUUGCGUCCUGCCAGACAUGAAUACGCUAUGCUACAUUAUACAACUGUGAAAUUAACAAAAUUACAUCAAUUUACAGAGUUAAACGUCGUGAUAUAUUGACAUAAAAUUCGCUACAAUGUAUAAAAACAAGAAUGACACGACACUUUCCAUCAAAACAUGCAUUAAGUUUCUUUGUAUAUAAUGUUUGUUGAGUUCAGAUUUCGGCGAAUGUGCAGUAUAAGGGAGGAUUCUAUUUCAUCGAGUAGGUUGAUCGAUAGGCACACAUCCUAUAUUGAAAAAUAUAUUUCGGAUAUAAGUUGUUAUAAGUUGUUGUUUCGGUUUGGUCGGUAUAAAUUAGUAGAGCUAAGCUAAGGCGAGUGUAUUAUUAAAUGACGAAUUGGAUUGUCUAGUAUAUAGUCUGAAGGUUUUAAGUCAUAAUGACCAGCUUUGCAUUUGUAGAAAAAACAUAAUAUCUUUUAUCUCGAACCAGUAUGAGAUGGGGUUGGUGUAAGAUGAGGUGUGCUCUUGAAGGAUGUACGUCAGGCCAUGGUCUAAUGUUAAACUUUUUUUACUUGCUAGAAAACAACUAACAUUGUUUCCAAGAUUACACCAACUAAAAGUGUUUCCAAAACAAGCAGUGGUUCAACGGGCAAGAAAAAAACUGCCGAGAAACCCUCCCCGAGCAACGAUUCCACGGGCAAGAAAAGAACUCCUCCUGAGAAACCUUCCACGGGCAUUGAUUCAACGGGCAAGAGAAAAGCUCCUGCUGAGAAACCUUCGAGGUAAGUAAUCUAACAGUGUUGUUAGAUUUAACAUUCAGUCAGACAUUGUCCAGCCUCGUUGCCCAGGGCCUUGGACAUGCUGACGAAUAAUUUAAUGUCGCGUGUGUAACGACGAGGAUUCUUAUUUUUAAAUUUAAAUCAUAAUUAAGUGUAGGAUAAACACCGAGAAGGAGGGAUUUAUGUCAGAUAAUGAGGAGGUUUUCCAACAAAGUUUUGUUUGCUUCGUUUCUGUCUGUUUGAACGACGAUUUUAGUUUUCCUUCAUCUUUUCAACUGAUUAAUAUUCAAAGUGAUUAUUAAAAAUAAUCACCUCGGUAAAUGAAAGAAAACCGACUCAAACAAUAACCGCCUCGCGAGGCGGUUAGCUCAGCAAGUAGCUCUGCAUGGGUGAACUUAAAUUUCUUUCACUACGAUCAAAACUGACCAACUUACAUUUUUUCGACAGGAUUUCUGAGAAGUUGAAAGGUAAAAUGAUUCAGAAGUCGUUACUGAGUAUGAUGGAUAACAAAGAUAAUGAAAGGGAUAAUGAAAAAAUUUCUGAUGUAGAAGAAGACGAAACACCUGCAAGGUAUACAUGUACGGAGUUCUAAACCUGACUUCAAAUGAUGUAUCCUAUUUGAUUUACGUAUUGUAUUAAUAUUAACACACGUCCACUGAUACUAAUUGUUUGUAAACCACAGUUUCCGACAACCGGAAUACCUAAACAGCGUGAACUGAUUCUUUCCACGCGAGCAGAGUGUAAAGCGAGAAUCCAGAGGUGAAAGGCGUUUGCCCUGAUGAAUGCGAAGCUCAUUUGCUUUCCUUUUUCAAGAAAAAUUGUUAAGAAAUCUUAAAAUAUCUCUAAAACUGUGCCUUCGAAUACCAUAAAAUUGACCUGAAUGUUUCACAUAUGUUAGCAUUUUUACAAAAAUUUCGCAGGAAAGAAAAGACUAAAGAAAAACAUGGCAAGCCUUCGGAGGAAGAUAAAGAAGAAAAGUUCACCAAAGUUUCACCAAGAAAGAAAACAAAAACAUCUACUACAGGAGAAAAAGCCACAAGGUAGGUUACCUUGCUGUGAAUCUCCACAAAAAUCAGUCAGUUUUAUCAUAAAUUCAGUUUAUCUGACCUACAUGCAACCUUAUUCGUACUUAAUUUCGCGCGUACUUAAUUUUUCGAGGCAAUAUUUCUCGAGGCUUUAUCUUCGCGAUUUUGAUAGGCGAAAAUAGAAAACUGAUAUUCGACGAGAGUGAGUGGAAUAACUGUUUUAUUAUUAUAUACACAAGAUCUGAAUUCACAGACUUUGCUUUUCGGAUAUUUUCAAUAUUUUUCUAUUUUGUUUAUGUUUCUAGCUUCGCUCUUUCGGCCGAUUAUUUUUUGAAAAAUAUAUAUUUUUAACCUUUUUAAAUUUUAAAAAUUCAUUUGCUGUAUUUUUAAUCCUGUAAAGGCUAUAAAAAGCGAACAACUUGCCGUUUUCUCGUUCGCAAAACGUCGGAAAUUCAUCCGCCAUAUGAGCUAAUAUCCUGCUAGUAGAGAACCAAUCAGAUUGCAGAAUACCUCAUAUCCAGACCUUGUGUAUAUAAUAAAAGGUAUUAUUGUAUCCUUAUUGAGCCAGUGGAAGUAUCGCUACCGGAAAAAGUCCGAAGUGCAUCCGGAGAAAAUCUGCUAGUGUGUUAAAUUAUAAUCAGAGCCGCAUACAGUACACUUAACCAAUAUUUUUUUCGCAGACAAAAUGUUCGUUCCUCCACCAAGGAAAGUACAAAAAGUUCGCCGACAAAAAUGCCGCCUACAAAGAAGCGUCAAACAACGACUGAAGCAGUUUCAUCUCCGAAAGAAAAGCGAGCAAAAAAGUCGCCUACAAAGAUGAUGAAAGAAGAAACACCAACGAGAUUUUCACCUCGAAGAAAUCAGAAAUCCGCUAUGGAAAGAAAUAAAAGGUGCCUAGAUGUUAAUAUAUAACACCUGAGCCAGAAGGUUGAAAGGGGUACCAGAAAACAGUAAUAGAAUCCUAAAUAUCAAGAUUUUUGAGGCAUCUCACUUGAAUGAAUAUUUGAAGGGUAUUGUAGAUGGAAAUUGUCGAGUGGAAAUUUAUAUACAUUUAUUAGACCUAACCAGGAACAGCGAAAAAUGCAACUUUAGGUCCCUGGUAGGAAUUGAACCUGUGGGCCUGCGAUUCCGAUGCAGGUUCAAUUCCAUGUGAUUACGGUGCAGCGCUGCAGGAUCAAUUCCAUGUGUUUACGGUGCAGCGCUGCAGGUUCAAUUCCAUGUGAUUACGGUGCAGCGCUGCAGGUUCAGCGCCACAGGUUCAAUUCCUGCCAGGGACCUAAAGUUGUAUUUUUCGCUUCUGUUCCUGGUUAGGUCUAAUAAAUGUAUAUAAACUUCCACUCGACAAUUUGCAUCUACAAUAUACCCAUCAAAUAGAAUCUUAAAGCCCGUUUUCCACUUCAACCGUAUCAUACCGUACUGGUGAGCAUGCGUAGAUUGAAAAAGAGUUGAUAAAUUCGCGUACUCUGGGUGUAUUCGUGUAUCAAAAUGAAAAGUUCGUCGCAAGUCAACUUUAUUGCGUACUGCGGAAGUAUUAACCAGUCAACAUUCACUAAAUUUUGAAAUUUAGAAAUUGCUUGAUACGUUUUGUUACUGUACGCUUGAAGUGAAAAACGGGCUUAAGACCCUUUUCAGAAAGCGUACUGUUCAUGUGCCAAACUUUAUUGUAUUAAUGCGACGCUGUAUAGCAAUGCGAGAACGGCAGUGAUUCAAACCGGCCUACAAAAUAUUAUGUUAUUGACAAGGUUGGGGCUCAUUCACGCGUGAGUCCUAAAUACCAUCAUAAUAAGUGAAUUUUUAAAUUACAAGAUGGCGAAUCUAAUGCUAUAUAACAAAUUUCAAAAACUUGAGUUAGUUGUAGCACACGAGUGGAGCGGCGUAUGAAUCCAUGUCGCUGAACGUCGCAUAAUGCGCCACGAACUUCAAAUGUGAUUGUUGGUAUAUGUGUGAUACUUGGAUCAUUCUGAGAAGAAAUGUGGUAUAACUUUGUAGUAAAAAACUUCAUCAUAAUUAUCAACUUUUUAGUCAACGUUUGCGGGUAUUAAUUGCAAAUUUGUUUUCCUUCUUUUUCUCCAAAAGUUCACCCAAUGACAUCAUAUCUGGAAACUUUGACAGUGCAAACCUGAACAUUUCCUCUUUCAAUGAUCAAAAUAUUACACAUACCAAAUAUCCUAUUUGCCACUUCUUUAACAAUUUUAAUUUUUCCAAACUCAAAUUUUUUAAGAAGACCAAACCUUGAUGAAGUAAAACGAGUUCUGGACAAGGAAGAUUAUCCUGAUGAAAAUUCAAAAACUCCCAUGGACAAAAGGUUAAAAUAGAUUAACUAGCGGUUGCACUAAGUUGCUUUGCUUGUCCCUAGGGCCAGUUGUUCAAAGCUGGAUUAGCGCUACCCUGGGUUAAAAUUUAAUCUGCUGUUUUAGUUUGUGUAUUUCUGCACGUACGUUUAUUUCAAAAAUUCAGAGAAGUAAACUCCUAUCGAUCCAGACAAGAUCUCUGAAGAAAUAUUUCCAAAUUUAUAGACAAGCUGUCAGGAAGUUUGCUUUGAAUUUUAGCUUAACCUAAGGUUAAGCUAACCUAGCUUUGAACAACUGGCUCCUGGUGUUAUAAACCCAAACUAUCAAAGACGUUUUAUCAAAUAAUAUCAUUAUAACUUGAACUGUCUGUGCCAGUGUAGGUAGUGGCAAUAAUAACAAGCUUUCAUUGGUAGGGAUGCAACUACCUGAAAAAUACAAGGAGAAAUUCUACGUUUCGAGCGAAGGUCCUUCGUGGAGACGUCCCAUUGUGCAGCAGAUGAUGGUCAAUCAACAGUUGUCAGAGCGGGAAAUUAAUGAUAUUUUUUCAUUAGAUGCAGUAGUCUUGUACAUGGAUGCAAACUAACAGAAUUGGCAGUUUAAUUUUCAUGUGUCAACAUUUCUGGCAUUGACCACCAUCUGCAGUAAUGCUUAGUGAAACCCACCUAUUCACCCUCGAUAAUUACGUCACCAAACCUCCUUGGCCUGGGAUCCUCGCUCUCAUGAAUCAAAACGAAAAGCUGCUCGCUCAUGAUUAAUGCGAGCAAGGCUUCCUGGCCGAGAAGGGAUUUGUGACGUAAUUUUAAAAGGGUGUAUCCCAUAUAAGCGCAUGUGCCUAUAAGUGGCCAUUAAUGAUUUUUCGGUAUUUUGGGGGUCAAUGCACUUCCCCUUCCUCAGAAUAAACCACUAAAAUAGCAGGAAAGGAUUGAGGGGGGAUUUGCACGGUGGUAUAACCGGCUCUCGUCAAAAUAGAAGAAGCGAUUCAUGCACUUCUAUUCGGGUAUAGAGGCACAUGCGGCUUUAAGCUAUUGAAAUUUGAGUUAGACAAAUACUGUUUUAAGAUACUUUAUGAAAUCUUCUUAUGCUAUACGAGUGAAAACUGUGUGGUAAUAUAUAAGUGUUAGUGUCAUGGUUGUACGAAAAACGAAAAUCUUGCCCAUGUUUAUCCUUUCCAAAUAUUCUUAAAUGAUACGCUCAACUCACGUCUAUAUCUGGGGGUGCUUAUGUGCGGGGAAAUAGGGUACAGAGGGUGAUUUUCCAUUUGUGAUUUUUGUUUUGUUUUUCAGGGCGAAAGAUUCUCUUGGUGAAGUUGCAGUAAAUGGCACCUCGCAGUCUACCACUGAUGACAGUCAAACAGACACAGGCGUAAGUAUUGUUCAUAUAUUAUAUUAUUGUGGUUUAAGGUGGCUCGAUAUAGUCGCUCGAUAUAAUGCCCAUUAUUUGUAUUGCUAUUGAUUUUAGUAAGAAUACAUGAAGAUAACGUUUUAUUGACGUUUAGGUUCCCAGUGCAGCACAAAAUCCAGUGAAGAAACGCAAGAUUGGUGAAGAAAAUAGUCAUGAGAACCCUGUGAAAAAGUCGUCCUUAGUUGUAAGAUGUUACUAGAAACUAGAAGUUACUAUCGCACUAAGAUGUUACUAGAAACUAGAAGUUACUAUCGCAAGGGGAAAUGCUGCCGUAUGGCCAUAAAAAGUUGUUAUCUCUCUGAUUGCAUGCGAACAAAUAUCACACCAGUAUCAAGCUCAUAUAUACAACUCGAGCGCAUGGUAUAGUCAGUAAAGAUUCAGAUAAUAUUUACAGCAGUACUUUUUGUGGCCUUGCUACUUCACAAAAAGAGUUUUAUGCCAUAGCACAUUGUGAUGUGCACGUGAGUCUCAAACAGGGUAUUAGGAAGAUUUAAAUUUGUUAUGGAUUUCAAAAUCAUAAACUAUGGGUCAUAUAACUAUAAGCUUACCACCACCCGGUUUUUUUUUCAAUUAGAUUGUCCAUUGUUGGUUUGAUUGGAAACCGCAAUAUUUUUAUUAGCAAACAUUCUUUCUAAACUAUCUAUUCUAGGCUUAACUUGGUCUUUCCUUUCAGAUAAAACGACAGCGAAAGCGAAGAUAAAGGACACCAUGCAUGUGAAGAAAUCUUUGUACAGCUGUAUAAAUCUAAUUGUUACUUUUAACACAUACGGUACUUGGUUGUAUCUAUAGUUUAAUCCAUUAAGGUUGUUAAAGGCCAUGUAUUCAACCUGAGGUUAUCGAUAACAAACCUUUCACAAAUAUUGCCUAUCGGGCAGAGGGGCUUAUACAAAGUGUCAAAAUCUUGCAGUUGUAUAAGGUGACGUUGACUGCCCAUUUACUAUCAUAAAUUUUACUUUCGUAAAAUAUUCUAAAUUUAAUACAGAAACCUUUUCAUGUCAGGUUUGCUUAUCCUAGAAAAAAUGGUAGUUUUGGAUAUUCGUGUAACACUAACAACCUUGAUUCUUUAAACUGUUUGCCUGCGGAUGACGUAUUUUAUAAAGACUGCAACUUGUUCUAUUCAUUGACAUGCGUUGUUAAAGUUGCUUAUGUUAAUAGCUAAUUUUACCCUGUGAAAAUAAAUGUUUCUUUAAAUUGA